CAACACAGAGAGAGAGAGACAGACAGAGACAGAAAGAGAAACACAGCGACACAGCUUGAUCACCUCCCAAAUGCCUUGCCUCCGUUUCCUGCACUGCCCAUUCCACUAAACUCUCUCUAUCUCUUUCUCUUUCUCUUUCUCUUUCUCUUUUGUUCUAUAUAUAUUUGUUAGUGAGGAAGAUAUGCAACCGUGUAGCAGAGAAAUGCAAGGAAUGAACUCCCUUCUGAACCCACCUCAAGUCUCCCUCCAAGACCUCCACAAUCACCACCACCACCAGCAGCAACAGCAACAGCAACCGCCGCAACAGAUCCAGAACUCGCAGAUUCACCACCACUUCGACCCCACCUCCCACGACGACUUCCUGGAGCAAAUGUUCUCCACCAUGCCUCCUCCUUCCUGGGACCUCAACCCCACCAAAAGCCCCUCCUGGGACCUCAAGCCCCGCGACCUCUCCGACGAAACGGCGCCGUCUAACCCCGACAACAAUGUCGCUUUCCACUUCGACGACUCAGCCACCCUCGCCUCCAAGCUCCGCAACCACCAGAUUAGCGGCCCCCCUAAGUCCUCGCCGUCUCCCUCUGCUACGGCUGCGGCCGCGGCUGCCAUGAUGCUCCAGCACCAGCUCUUGAUGUCCCGUGGCGUCGCCGGCGCCGGAGACUCCGGGAUGAUUCCGAUGCCCCUUUCUCUGGGGGGUUCAGACGACGUCGUUGAUGGGUCCUCGCCGUUCAAAACUCCCAAUCCGGGUGGCGAGGGUUCGGUUCAAGCUCUGUAUAACGGGUUCGCUGGAUCUUUGGGUCAGACUACGAACCAGGCUCAGCAUUUUCACCACCCUCAGGGUGGACCGGUUCAGGGGCAGAACUACGGGGCUCCGGGUGGUGCUGUGAUGAGCCAAGGUCCGGCGAGUGGCUCGGCCGGGAGUGUACCGGGUCAGCCCAGGCAGAGGGUGAGGGCUCGUCGAGGACAAGCCACUGACCCACACAGCAUCGCCGAAAGAUUACGGAGGGAGAGAAUCGCUGAGAGAAUGAAAGCUCUGCAGGAACUCGUUCCCAAUGCCAACAAGACAGACAAGGCUUCAAUGCUGGAUGAGAUCAUAGACUACGUAAAAUUCCUCCAGCUUCAAGUCAAAGUUCUCAGCAUGAGCAGAUUGGGAGGGGCAGCUGCUGUUGCUCCCCUUGUUGCUGAUAUGUCACCUGAGGGCGGUGGUGACUGUAUACAAGCUGGGGCCAUGGGUCGCACCUCUAAUGGCAACCUAACGGCGUCGUCUAACGACAGCUUAACCGUCACCGAGCACCAGGUGGCCAAGCUCAUGGAGGAGGACAUGGGCUCCGCCAUGCAGUACCUGCAAGGGAAAGGCCUCUGCCUCAUGCCCAUCUCGCUGGCCACGGCUAUAUCCACUGCCACGUGUCACUCCAGGAACCCCAUGCUCAACGCCGCCAACGGCGGCAACAACAACAACAACAACCCACUAGUGCAAUCCAACGGUGAGGGCCCGUCCUCCCCCAGCAUGUCCGUGUUGACCGUCCAGUCAGCCACUAUGGGUAACGGCGGGGGCGAGGCUUCCGUUAAGGACGCCACGUCCGUUUCCAAGCCGUGAUUUUACGGCGUUGACUGACUUUUUUUGGGUUGGGGUAAAAAGCACUUUUUUAGAGAGACAAAAGAAGAACCGAAAGAAGUCUACGAAAAUAGGGCCUCGGGGCUUGCCUUUAGAGUUGCUUAACGACGCCGUAUUUCCUUAGACUUUGGCUAAAGCUAACUUCGACACCAACACCAAAAACAACAACUUUUAUUCUUCUUCUUUUUUGUUUUUUGUUUUUUUAGUGUUGGUUUAGGUUUUGUUAAUUUUAUUUUGCUUUGGUUGCUUCCCUUUUAAUUUUUUUAUUUUUCCAAUGCCAUUUGGCUCUAUCAUGUUCUAAACUUCUAAUGGAAGCGUUUUUUUUUAUAUAAUAUGUUACAAUGUUAUUAUCA